AUGGCUGACCUACAAGCCGCUCAUAAGGAAGUGUUAGAUGAAAUAGUGAAUAGAAAGAAACUGGGUGACAAGAAGAGUCAUUCAGAAACAUCUCUACAAAAUCUUGACGAAAAUGAGGAAGGAAAUUUUUCGGACAUUUCAAAAGAUCCUGGGGUUUUAAACAUGUCCGUAAACGGUGGCACACAUCACGAUGACAACGGAGAACGAAGACGCACCAUGUCGCAACCGGGCCCGGUGUCGGGGAGCCUGCUGACCGCAACCGCAUCCCGCGCCGCGCGUCGACGCCCCCCUAGGAACGUCAUGUACGCUCCCAACUUAGAGAUAAACGGCCAGUUCAGUUCCAUGUUGCCGGGCGGCCUGUUUGUGAGGCGGGUCACUCUCGCGCAUCGAACUGUAAACCUUUUGAGUCCAGCCGGCCGCGAGCCACCCUGGCCCCUUCCCAUCGCACACAGCCACCCUCCCUUCCCUGCCCAUCCUGUAAAUACCGACAGCGGACCGUGCCGCCCGAACGCCUCACCUAAUGAAAAUCCGAUCUCUUUAUUUUUAUAUUCCCGCACGCGGACUGUUAACCCGCCACACAACUACCGCAUAUACACGACGAUGAACGACAUGCGUGGUGGUACCACUCCGCGCAAGAGAUCAGUCGCCACCAUGGAUGCUCAAUCACUCCGAUCCGUGGAAACACACGCCCCGCCUCCCACGAAUCCAGAAGAUAAUAAACGUCUCACUACGGACUUCCUCGAAAUGGGUUAUCUUCUCAACGAUUGCACUAAGUUGGGUUUGCAUGUGGUCAUGUUAUUCGCGGUUGUUGUAGCUUACAAUCAAACAAUUAAGCUGGACAUAAAUGAACAUCCUAUCUCCCUUUUGGAUGACGUUCUACUCUUCAUAUGCCUACCAGCGUUCUUUAUGGAAACAGUGUUUUCCAUGACCGCUACAAUAAGUAUACUGAACGUUAUCAAAACUGUUGACGUUAGUGUUAUGGUUAUACAGGUGAUCAUCCAAACAGCUCUUUUGGUUGACGGCCUGCGGCGCUGCAGCAACAGCAGAAAGCUGCGAAGAACGAAGCCCGGCAGAGAACUUCUCAUGUUCCUCAUCAUAAGCAACGUUGGAAUGUGGCUGCUCAACACAUUCUCCUACAAGUCUCCAGAAAGUCUAGAUGAAAGAUACGAGUUCUACGGCAAAGUCCUCUGGAGUAUACUUGGUCACAUUUCCUUACCCCUCAUCAUGUUUUACAGGUUCCACUCCAGCGUGUGCUUUGCUGAUAUAUGGGGUUCUGCUUAUAAGCCUGGCUCAGAACAC